GGAUUAUCUGUCACCAAACUGGCUUGAUCCUACCUCCAGUUUGUAGCUUGCAGCAGUACAUUUCUUGACAGAUCCGAGUGCUUUCUUCUUCUCCCUGGACUCCCCUCCUGCCCAGUUUACCCAAUUUCAGGCAGCCCUCCCAUUGCCCUGUCUUUUCACCAUCCAACAUAACUCAGACCUCACUCUUCAGCUUAAAACCCAUCAGUGGCAUCCCGUUGCCCUUGGGAUCACACGGGCAGUCUUUACCAGAACCUGGAGGCUUGUGCCACCCUGCCACAUUGGGCCACUCUGUCCCCGACCACUUCUGCAAUGCCCCUGCUCUCAGCUAUUUAUCCUGCCUUGGUCUUUGCACACCCAGAGCAUACUUGCUUUCUCUCUGCCCAGGGCUAACUUCUCAUCCUUGGAGAGAGGCCUUGGCACCCUUCUUUUGCCCCCGGUCUUUCUUACUGCAAUUAGUGAUACAUAUGUUUUAUUGUUGUUUAGUAUUUUUUCCUAGACUAUUACCUGGAGGAAAACAGAAACCAUGCCUGCAUUGUUCUACAUUUUACAACCCCUCACUCCUACCCCUCACGCCCAGCACAAUGCCAGGCAUGGAGUAGGUGCUCAACUGGGUUUGCAUUUUUGUUUAUAUGUGUGAAGGCAGGAGGCUGGUGAUCCGUCCGAGAUCGCACAGCCAGUGCCGGGGCCCGCGCUCUAAAGGCUGGAAAGGCGUCCGGCAAGGGAGCCGGAACGAACUUUGAGCAGAGUCCGAGGGGCCGGGUUAGCGCGGGCGUCCUCGACAGUAGCGGUCGAGUGCUCACGGUUGGGGCGAUUGGCUUCCCGGGCCGGCGGCGCGGGCGGGCCGGAGGCUGCAGUUCCCCGGGGCGCCGCUAGGGGCAUAGCCGAGGCUGGAGGGCAGACGCGCCGAGGCUGGAGAGCAGACGCGCCGAGUCACGCCGGCAAGGGAGGGGCCUCGGGCCCGACGGCGACCACGGGAGCUGCUGACAGGAGCGGGGGCCGGAACGGGAGCCGGAACUGGAGCCGGAACGGCGGGAGGCCGCUGGCAGCACCUGGUCCGAGAUGGGGUCCCAGGUCUCGAUGGACGUGGGAGCCGUGCAUGUGGUGAUCGUGGGCGGGGGCUUUGGCGGCAUCGCGGCCGCCAGCCAACUGCAGGUGCUGAACAUCCCCUUCGUGCUGGUGGACAUGAAGGACUCCUUCCACCACAACGUGGCAGCCCUCCGGGCCUCCGUGGAGAGUGGGUUUGCCAAAAAGACAUUCAUUUCCUACUCGGUGACCUUCAAGGAAAACUUCCGGCAGGGCCUGGUGGUUGAGAUAGACCUGAAGAAUCAGACGGUGCUGCUGGAGGACGGCGAGGCCCUGUCCUUCACAUAUCUCAUCCUGGCCACAGGCAGCACUGGGCUCUUCCCAGGCAAGUUUAACCAGGUGUCCAGCCAGCAGAUGGCCAUCCAGGCCUAUGAGGACAUGGUGACGCAGGUCCAGUGUGCACAGUCCAUCGUGGUGAUCGGAGGAGGCUCUGCGGGAGUGGAGAUGGCAGCAGAGAUUAAAACAGAGUACCCUGAGAAAGAGGUCACUCUCAUUCACUCCCGAAUGGCCCUCGCAGACAAGGAGCUCCUGCCCUGUGUCCGGCAGGAAGUGAAGGAGAUCCUGCUCCGGAAAGGCGUGCAGCUGCUGCUGAGUGAGCGGGUGAGCAACCUGGAGGCGCUGCCUCUCAACAAGCAUCGCGAGCACAUCACGGUGCAGACGGACAAAGGCACGGAGGUGGCCGCCAACCUGGUGAUCGCCUGCAGCGGUAUCAAGAUUAACAGUUUGGCCUACCGCAGCGCGUUUGGUGAUCAGCUGGCGAGCGACGGCGCUCUGAGAGUGAACGAGUACCUCCAGGUGGAGGGCUACAGCCACAUCUAUGCCAUCGGUGACUGCGCCGAUGUGAGGGAGCCCAAGAUGGCCUAUCACGCCAGCCUCCACGCCAGUGUCGCCGUGGCCAACAUCGUCAACUCCAUGAAACAGAGGCCCCUCAAAGCCUACAAGCCAGGAUGGCCACCCCAGGGAGGCUUCACCCAGUCCUCCAUUCCCGUGGACCACAGCCAACCAGGCUCCCCUUCUGGAAGUGGGACCUGUUGCCUGAGAAACACAAGCCAUUCCGUGCCGUCUGACCUGGGGCCUAGCAUGGUGGGAGUCUCAGCUCCAUAGUGAUAGGCCUGGUUCUAUUUAUAACAUUCUUAAGUUUCCACCCAUAGGGACACAGUUCUCCAGACUGAGCAAGAUGUUACAAUAAAAGAGUAUGUUGUAAGAAAGACACUGGAUCUUUUAUUUUUUUUCCUUUCAUUUUCUUUUUCUUUAAAAAAAACAAAACAAAACAAAAGCCUGAAGCAAAAUCUUUCUAGGAGUAGUUACAGAUAUUAUAGGGGUAAGGGUAGGGGCACUAAAACAGAAAGAAAAGCACCAGUAAGAUGCCUUUCUAAUUUUCUU